ACUACAAGCACUAGCAACUCCACCAUCAAAAAAAGAAACCAUUCUAUCAACUUGGCCAACAUUUCUAUUCUUCAAAAACCCUCCAAAAUUUUCCAUUAAAACCUAAAACAAAACACAAACCCCUCUUCAUAUUCUUUAUAUAAUCAUGUGGCGUAUAUUGGUAACAAUGAGGCAAAACUUACAAAAUAUGGGAAAAAGUCCAAGAGUUGGAGAUGAAAAUAUGAUUAAUAUUAGAGUUGAUCAAACUGCAGGAGGAAGAUCAACAAGGCAGAAUUGGCAUGGUUUUUCGAUCAUUUGUGGCAUUUUACGCGCACCUCUUUAUUUGUUUUCGUGCUUAAAUCAUCCGCGGAUUAAUGGAACAGAUGGAGUUUGGGUUUCUGGAGAUUUUUCUCAAGUUUCUGAAAUGAAUCAUCUUAUGGUUAGUGAUAGUAUGAGGUAUGCAAUAUUAAUGUGAAAAAAGAAAAUGGUGAAGAAAUGAAAUGAAGUCUUUUGUUAUAAAAGAGAGAAACUCUUUUAGUAUUGUAUUGGGGAAGGGAGAUUGGAAUGGGCUGGUUAUCAAAAUCUUUGGUAGUUUAUCAGUUCUGGGUGGGAGAGUUCAGGUCAUAAUUUUGUCUUUUGGAUUGGAAGUAAAUAACGAAGGAACUAGUUAGAUUUUUUAUUUUUUGGUUUAUUUUUUGUUUCUUUUUUGUAAUUCUUGGGACAAAGUUUUGUAUUGAAGUUUGUUGACGUAAUGAAUAAAAUUGCAUGAA